AUGCUCGACGCAACGGCUUUCCCUCACAUCCUGGACGGCAUCAUCGACCUCUGUGACACCGCCGCCCUAAUAUCCCUCCGAACCGCUACCCGCGACCUCCACGACCGCUGCAACAAGCGCCUCUUCGGGCACAUCCUCCUCCAGUGGGACAAGGAGGGCACUGAGUUGUCGAUCACCUCCCCCGAACCGCCAUAUACGCGCUUGCCGAUCCGUCUGUCCCCUCCCUCUCUUGGCGACAGGUUACGGCGGCUGAAACUAGCCCUCGGGGCGGAUCCCGACCCAACGGCGGGUGGGGCAUACGACCUCGCAGCGCACCUCCCCUCCCUUGCUCCGCUAUCUGCAACCCAUACAAUCGAUGUGCAGGACCACUCGUUCCCCAUACCAGGCUGGCCACACUUCACUCCCGCCGCCCUGCCCCCUCUCCCAUCGCUGGAACGUACCCGCGCAGCCUUUCCCCUCCUCUCCCCGACUACUGUGCUGUAUCUGAACAUCCGCGCGCCGCCGGGCGAACGAACACUCCACGGCCUCGCUUUGCGGAAUCAAGUCCUCGCCCGCUCCGAUGUCGAUCUGGUCAUACACGUCUUCUUCGACGCGAACUGGGGCCAGCGCGAGAUGGACCUCCUGAGUAUCAGCAACGCGAAGAACGUCACUCUCGUCCUCCAUCCCGCUGGAGGAGGAAGUGCUGAGCCGACACAAGAUGCGGGGAGGCUGCUCUGUCCCACCUCGAUCACAAGGGAUAUUUCCUACACGCUCGUCGGACUCGAGACUGUGUCUCCCUCUUUGCUGGGGUUACCUCACUUGUCUCACGAGCAGGUGCAAGAGGCUGUGUGCGGCCUCCGUGGAGGGGACCGUGUCACGUUCAUGACACUCGCGGAGUGGAGUAAGUCGGUGGACGCGCUGGAGAGCGAGGUGCCUGCUCAUAUGGUGCGCGAAGUGGCGCGGACGUCGGUGUGGUCACCAGUUAUCAUUGAGAAGGUCGGCAACGUCGUCGGCAACUGGAUCUUCUAG